AUGGUCCAAAAGAAGGAAAUAUUUCCCUUGACUGACUGCGAGGAACCAGUUCUUUGUAAAGCAAGUCUGAAUGCAUAUGAAGGAUCUCAAGGCAUUGAGAAGCCCCAUUCAUGCUCUGAGUGCAGGAAAUGUUUCUUAUUCAAAAAACAGUUGGUCAAACACCAGAGAAUUCACUACAGACUGAAAACCUUUCCUUGUGACGAGUGCGGAAAGACCUUUUCCUCCAGAGGCGAACUUGUCAGACACCAGAAAAUCCACCUCGGAAUAAAGUCCUACACAUGUCCCCAGUGCGGGAAGAGCUUCAUACAGAAAUCAGACCUUAUCAGACAUCAAACAUCCCACCAGGUUGAGAGGCCGUACUUGUGUCCCGAGUGCGGGAAAGGUUUCAAACACAGAGCUGCCCUUACUAAGCAUCAAAAACAUCACACGGGGGAAAAGCCGCAUUCCUGCCCCGAGUGCGGGAGAGGCUUCGUGCAAAAAUCAGACCUCUCUAUUCAUCUGAGAACUCACACGGGGGAGAAGCCGUAUUCCUGUUCAGAGUGCGGGAAAUGUUUCGUGCAAAGAUACCAUGUGGUUGUACAUCAAAGAUCUCACACGGGUGAAAGGCCCUAUCCAUGCCUACAGUGCGGGAAAGCUUUUAAAAGGCGGUGCUACCUUACCGUGCAUCAGAGGAAUCACAAAAAUGUGUGGGAAGGGCUAUCUAUCGAAAGCUCAGUUGGUCGAUCACCAGAGAGUUCACACCGGUUCGGCGAGAGGUUCCAUACAUGUGCUGAGUGCGGGAAACGUUUUCUUAAGAAGUCACUUUUGGUCAUUCACCAGAGAUCUCACACUGGGGAGAAGCCGUAUUUAUGCUCCAAGUGCGGGAAAGGUUUUUUCCGUAGAUCAGACCUUAAUGUCCACCAAAGAACUCACACAGGAGAGAAGCCUCAUGUGUGCUCCGAGUGUGGUAAAUGUUUCCUGCAGAAAUCAGACCUGGUCGUGCACAAGAGGUCUCACACAGGCGAGAAACCGUUUUCCUGUCCUAUGUGCGGGAAAUGUUAUGUCCAUAAAUCACUCCUUGCCAGACACCAAAGAACUCACACAGCUGAGAAGCCUCAUGUGUGUCCAGAGUGUGGGAAACGUUUCCUACAAAAGUCAGAUCUCAACGUGCACAAGAGGUCUCACACAGGCGAGAGGCCAUAUUGCUGUCCUGAGUGCGGGAAAUAUUUUAUUUGUACGUCGGACCUAGCCAGACACCAACGAACUCACAAGUUGGCUAUACAUCAGAGAGUCCACACGGGGCACAAGCCUUAUUCCUGCUCUGAGUGCGGGAAGAGCUUUUCACUGAGAAGCGUCCUUCUCGGACAUCAGCAGAUCCACUUGGGGGAGAGGUCCCAUACGUGUCCCGAGUGCGGGAAAGGUUUCUUUAAGAAAUCGCAUCUUGCCAGACAUCAGAGGUCUCACGUGGUCGAGAAGCCCUAUUUGUGUACCGAGUGCGGGAAAACCUUCAAACACAAGUCUGCCCUUACUGUCCAUCAGAAAUAUCACACCGGCGAGAAACGGUAUUCGUGCUCCGAGUGCGGGAAAUGUUUCGUCCAGAAAUCCUACCUCACUGCCCACCUAAGAACUCACACGGGAGAGAAGCCAUAUUUGUGUCUUGAGUGCGGGAAACAUUUCGUACACCGAUCGCAUCUUGUCACACAUCAAAGGUCCCACACUGGGAAGAAGCCACACGCCUGUUCUGAGUGUGGGAAACUUUUUUCACAUAGAUCAGACCUUGCCGUACAUCAGAGAUCCCACACAGGUGAAAAGCCAUUUUUAUGUCCCGAGUGCGGCAAAUGUUUUGUACAGAAAUCGCAUCUUAUAAGACAUCAGAGAUCUCACACUGGGGAGAAGCCUUAUUCCUGCCCAACGUGUGGGAAAUGUUUUUCACAGAAAUCGGACCUUGCUGUACAUCAGAGAUCUCACACCGGGGAAAAGCCAUAUUCGUGUCUUGAGUGCGGGAAAUGUUUUGUAUGUAAAUCUCAGCUUGUCAGACACGAAGAGAAGCCGUUUUCCUGUUCAGAGUGCGGGAAAUGUUUCGUACGGAAGCAAGAUCUCAUCCGACACCACAGAUCCCACACGGGGGAAAAGCCGUUCUUGUGUCCCGAGUGCGGGAAAUGUUUUUCGCAGAAGUCCCACCUUUCCAGGCAUCAGCGGUGCCACACGGGGGAGAAGCCGUAUUCCUGCCCCGAGUGCGGGCAGUGUUACCCGCGGAAAUCGCAGCUGCUCAGACAUCAAAUAUAUCACACGGGUGAUAAGCCGUACUCCUGCCCCGAGUGCGGGAAAACUUAUGUGUAUAAAUCGGACCUCGCCGUACAUCAGAGGUCCCACACGGGGGAAAAGCCGUAUUCCUGCCCACAGUGUGAGAAAUGUUUCACACAGCAGGCCCAUCUUUCCAGACAUCAGCGAUCCCACACGGGCGAGAAGCCGUAUUCCUGCCCUGAUUGCGGACAGCGUUAUUCUCAGAAAUUACAACUUGUCGCCCAUCAAAUAUAUCACACGGGCGAGAAGCCGUAUUCCUGCUCCGAGUGCGACAAAAGCUUUGUGCGUAAACAAGAUCUCGCCAGGCAUCACAGGUCUCACACGAAGUCCCACCUUCCUGGACAUCUGAGAUCCCACACGGGCGAGAAGCCAUAUUCCUGUCCCGAGUGCUUGAGAUGUUUUGUGUAUAAAGUAGACCCUCACUAUACAUCGAAGGACUCACACGGGGAGAAGCCGUAUUUAUGUCCCGACUGCGGGAAAUGUUUUUCCAAUAGAUCCAUCCUCAACGUACAUCUGAUAUGCCACACGGGCGAGAAGCCGUAUUCCUGCCCCGAGUGCUGGCAAUGUUUCCCACGGAAAUCAGAACUAGUCAUACAUCAGCGGUCCCACACAGCUGAGAAACCAUAUUCCUGCCCUGAGUGCGGGAAAUCUUACAAACGGAAGUCGGUUCUUGUCGAACAUCAGAGAUCUCACACGGGGGAGAAGCCGUUUUGCUGCUCCGAGUGUGGGAAAUGCUACCAACAGCGUUCACAACUUGUCAUACAUCAAAGGUCUCACACGGGGGAGACGCCGUACUCCUGCCCAGAGUGCGGGAAACGUUAUCAGCGGAAGUUUCAGCUCAUCACCCAUCAAAGAUCUCACACAGGGGAGCAGCACCCGUAUUCUUGUCUCGAGUGCGGGAAAUGUUUUUCGCAGAAAUCCAAUCUUUCCAGGCAUGAGAGGUCCCACACGAACCUCAAGGCGCAGUAA